AACAGACAAGAAGAUAGCGGAGUGAACUCCCUGCAUUGCAAGAGUAAAAGAGCCUCUGAACACAAAAACCAUGAGAGACCGCCUCCAAGAGCUCAAACUGAGGGCUAAGGAACUACAGAUAGCUGGAGAAAACAAUGGUACAACUGUGCAAGAAGAAGAGCAGGAGGAGUUUGAACAGCAGGCCAUUAUUUAUGAACAAGAGCCCAUAACUGAAAGGCACUUGCACGAAAUCCAGAAGCUUCAGAACGACAUCAAUAAUUUGGUGGAUGAAGUCCAUAAAUUCAGUCAACAGCAAAAAAGCUUGGUAUCUUCAAUGAGAAGAUUCAGUGUUCUUAAAAAGGAAUCCAACAUAGCAAGAGAAAUAAAAAUUCAAGCAGAGCACAUACGAAAGAGUUUGGAUGAACUGUCAAAAACAGUGAAGAAAGCUGAAAAUGAACAUGGGCCAUCACGUGCCACAGUAAGAAUUCUAGCUUCCCAGCAUUCCUUCUUAUCCCAGCGUUACCUAAAUGCUAUGCUCGCAUACAAUGAUGCUAUAACUGCUAAGCAAGAGAAAUGCAGACGAUUUAUUCUCCGCCAGCUUGAAGUAGCUGGUAAAGAACUGCCUGAGGAAGAAGUCAAUGACAUGCUCCAACAAGGCAAAUGGGAAAUUUUCAAUGAAAACCUACUCACUGAAGUCAAAAUUACCAAAGCUCAGCUUUCAGAGAUUGAGCAGAGACACAAAGAACUAGUCAAUCUGGAGAACCAGGUCAAAGACUUAAAGGAGCUUUUCAUCCAGAUAUCAGUGCUGGUGGAGGAGCAAGGGGCCAUGAUCAACAACAUUGAAAUCAGUAUGAACAAUACUCAAGAAUACACUCAAGUAUCUAAAGAAAAAUUUGGGCUUGCAGUCAAGUAUCGCAAAAGAAACCCUUGCAAAGUGUUAUGCUGCUGGUGUUGUCCAUGCUGCAAAUGAUGAAAGAAAUAAACUGGUUGAAAUACAAACGGCUCCUAUUUAGUAAAGUGAUCUUGUAAAGCAGCCUCAGGAUCCCUCAAUUGCUCUUCCCAUUUCCCUUUCUGUAGAGUUCUCAGGAAAAACUGCAUCUGUUUUUCCAAAUAGACUUAAAAGAAUGGGAUGAAAGCUACUUUGUUUUUCACAGAAACAUAUGAGCUAGGGUGAAAGAUUAGAGGACACAAGUGCCACUUUUUUGCUCUUCCACCCAAACUAGA